AUGGAAAAUCGUUUGCUCAAUGCCGUGGAAGGGGCCGACAUUGUUGUUUUGGCCACACCCAUCGUGGCUAUGAGGGAAUUGAUGGAAGUUAUGGGGCCACAUCUGCCGGAAGGCUGCGUGGUGACCGACGUAGGCAGUUCCAAGAAGGCUGUCCUGCAGUGGGCCGACGAAUUGUUGCCAGACAGUGUCCAUUUUGUGGGUGGCCACCCCAUGGCUGGGAAGGAAACUACCGGCCCGGAAAGUGCCGACCCUAAUCUGUUAAAAGGCAAGACAUACUGCAUUAUUCCCAGCGCGAAAGCGGACGAGCGUGCGGUUGCGGAAAUAAGCACUAUGGUGGAAGCCCUCGAGGCCACGCCCUAUUACAUCAGUAGCGAAGAGCACGACAGUUUUGUGGCCGCUGUAAGCCACCUGCCAUUCCUCUUGUCGGUGGCGCUGGUGGGUUGCACCACCAGCAGCGCCAACUGGGACGACCUUGCCCGCGUGGCAUCCAGCGGUUACCAAGACUUGACCCGCCUGGCCUCGGGAGAUACGGUAAUGCACCGGGACAUCUGCAUAACAAACCCGGAGCCGAUAGUUUCCUGGAUCGAUACUUUCAUCAGGGAACUCUACGAGAUUCGGCAGUUGCUGGCCGAUUCAGACAACCUGGAUUCCCAGGCCAUUCUGGAUCUAUUUGUCGAAGCAAGUAAGGGUCGGGCACAGUGGAUGGCCGGGGAGUAUGGCCCGAUGGCGAGGCAAUACAAUCCGCACAGCGAAUUGCCAACUUUCGCCCAAAGCAUGGGCGACAUGUUCGUAGGUCGAAGGUUGCUGGAUGCUCAGCGCCGGCUCUUUCGGGGUUCCCGAGAUGGAGAUGACCGGCGUUAG